AACUAUGUGCGCUCUUGCAGAGUCACUCCGUGUGGUUCGAGUGUAAACAAGAGGUUAGAAGAACAGUCUAGAAUUUAUGUGAGUUAUUCUUGUGCGAAGUUUAGCUAAUAAUUAUUGUGCGGAGAAACCUGUGUUUAUUAUAUACAUAGCACCCAUUCUGGCACCACUGAACAUUCCAGUGUAUCAAAGCCGCUUUGAUACAGUAAUCUCUGAGACUAUGAGCUAGUUAGCUAGCUAGCUAACAGUAGCUGCUAAAGGGUUUUGUUUGUUUGUUUGUUUGUUUGUUUGUUAAGUAUAGCUAACGCCGGAGGCUGCGGUUGAAUGAGCAGGCUUUGAAAAGCCUCAAGCCUGGAGUCCUUGAAAUUUCUGAGGCCCUGUAAGGCACCACCAUGGACACUGUGAAGAAGGGAGAGAAAGACUGUGAGGAGGAAACACUACAGACUGCCUUUAAAAAGCUACGUGUGGAUGCUGAAAGCUCUGUGGCUGCAGUGCGUGUGAACGAGGCUUUGGCAUCCAGAGCCGGAACCCGAGUCAGCACAGAUGGAACGAAACCCAAAAUUACUUCCCCUAAAGAGAACUGGCAUGGAUGCAGCCGAAAGUCCUCCAGGGGCUUAACAAGAAACCAGAGACGGAGAAGGUCCAAGUCGCCCAUCCUGCACCCACCCAAAUUCACCUACUGUAGCUCGAAAAUGCAAUUCAAACACAAGAGCCCCACAGAGCUGGAGGACACCAGCACCUCCCUGCUUGUUCCCACUAAGAAGGAGCUCUUGUCCUCUGGUGCCCAUUCACCUGUCUUUGGUUCCAUGGGUUAUGACUCCAGUAUCGCUUUGGAAAGCAAGAUUUCUCCUCUGAACAGAGUGGCACCCUUUGGCAAUGAGAGCAGCUCGGAGGGAAAGGACGAAAGGACCAACACUUCUUUAGAGAAGGCUCAAGCUCCAGCAGCUGACUUUAAAUCUCUGUGCCAGCUCCAGGAGAGUGGUGUGUGCCAGUGCACCAGCUGGCAAGGCAUGGAGGUCUACUCAUUCACUGGCCUGCGUGAUGUCAUUUCUGAAUGUGAAAGAAAGCUGCCCAGCUCUUCAGAUGCAGCUCAGAACACCAGAACAGUAAAUGGAUCAACAGUGUCCAGCUCACCGCGCUCCUGUUCCGAACAGGCGCGUGUGUAUGUGGAUGACAUCACUAUAGAAGAUCUCUCGGGCUACAUGGAGUAUUAUCUCUACAUCCCUAAAAAGAUGUCGCACAUGGCUGAAAUGAUGUACACUUAAGCAAAUAAAAUCGUUUUGAGGUAGAAUUGGUUUAACAAUAAAGCUGCAUACUGAGGCAUAUAGUACAUGGGAAGAUUAAAGAUAAGCAGUGGGUCAUAUGUAUCAUAAAAGAUAGGACUGUUUAUGGAAAAUGGGUAGGCAUGAAGUUAUUAGGCAUGAAGUUUGACUUGUGGUAAUGAUUUUCCAGGUCUUCUCCCCCUCUAUUUUUUCAGUGUUCCAUUGUUCGACAGAAUAACACUUACAGUGAGAUUUGUCUACUGUUUUUUUUUGUUUGUUUGUUUGUUUGUUUUUUUUUGUUUUUUUUCUUUCUUUCUGAUUAUUUUUGUCUGGUUUACAUGCCAUGUUGCCAAAGCUCUGUUGCAGGGUUUGAUUUUAUUGGUAUAUGCAAAAAUGCCACGUAAUCAUCAUGAUCACCUUGUUUUCUUUAAAUUGUAAUAAAACACUUUUGUUGUUAAAGGAG